AUGACACUGUUACUAGUGCAAGCUGACUUGCAAUUACAUAGAGUAUUAGCAGCAGUGGCAGAACUCUGUGAACAGGAAGCUUUUAUGAGACCACCAUCAAGAGUUUCUAAACCUUUACAUGGAAGUGACCUUCGAUCAAGUCCUGCUCGAUCUAUCCGAGGAAUGUUAAUGCGUACCAAGUCUCCGACGUUGGCGUAUGAUCAGGUGCAUCAGUUUCAUUCUCGUUAUUGUUCGAAUUGCAAUAUACUAUCCCAUCGCUUACACUUUUACUAUCUUGUACUCUGGUAUGCUUCCUCAUCUCUGAUUCCUUGGUCAUAG